AUGGCAGCGUUGGGUCGAUCAUGUGACAUUUGCAUGAACCUGCAUGUUACAAAAUCUGCCAGCGUUUGGUGUUCAGAAUGUGAAGAGGCGAUGUGUGAAGAUUGUGAACCAAGACAUCGGAUACAGAAAGCGACAAAGAACCACAAGACAAUAUUAAUUAAAAAUUAUCUACAGUUACCAGAAUCGAUUACCAACAUCACGUUGGAAUGUGAAGAUCACAAUCAAAAAUUAGAUUUUUACUGUUCCAUUCACAGCGAGCCUUGUUGUACGCGUUGUGUAUCAGAAAAACACAAAGACUGUCGGGAACUUAAACCAUUGCAGGAAGUAGUUGAUGGAGUCAAGUCGUCUGCUGCAUUUUCUGAUUUAGAGGACAGAGUUAAUGAUAUGAGUCAAGCUAUUGGCCAGAUGAUUCAAGAAAAAACACAGAAUAAAUCGAAUUUAGAAGUUAAGAAAAAGACACUCAUUGCGGAAGUUGAACGUGUUCGAAAAGCAUUAAACAGUUAUUUGGACACAAUACAAGGUGAACUAUUAAGUAAAAUAGGAGAAACCAAAGAACGAGAAGGAGAUAUAAUCGAUUGCCUAGUUAGUAAACUCUCGAUAAUUCAAGCAAAGGUCGAUGAAAUAGCGGAUGCCGUUAUGAAAACAAAACAAUAUGCGUCUAAUUUUCAGACUUUUCUGGGUGUUAAUAAAUGGACCCGAGAGAUUGAAAACCAAGAGAAAGAAAUACUAGCAUCUCAAAGUUAUCAAAGUAUGGCUAAUGUAGAUCUUCAAAUAAAAAUUAGUCCAAUCUUGAAAAAGUUUGAAAAAGAUGUAUCCGAGUUCGGGAAGAUAGAGGUUAAUUAUUCCCCACGGAUGAAACUUGUUUUACAGAAAGAUAAACAAGGACAAGGUCUAUUAGUCCCGUCUUCACAGACUAUAAGUAAAAUUAAACUGUCAAAACUUCUUUCUUUUGAAAUACCACAGGGGGGUUUAGGAUGCCUGAUAACAGGAUGUGACGAGUUUGAGGAUGGUCGAAUCGUCUUCGUCGAUUGUAUCGAAACGAAUAAAAGACUAAUUAUUAUGUCUUGUUUCGGUUCUUUCCUGAAAGAAAUGAAAUUUAAGGAUAAGCCGCUAGAUGUCACAAUAAUAAACUCGAAUUCAGUAGCUGUAACAUUUGUGGACAAACAGAAAAUUUCUAUAAUAGAUGUAAACACAUUUAAUAUAUUAAAGGAAACACAUGUAAACAAGAGGUGUUUCGGAAUAACCUCUAUAGAUGGAAAUCUAUUCGUUUGUUUGGAUGAUAAAACUAUACAGAGCUUUGAUUUGUUUGGCAAUGUCUUGGCGACAUUAUCACAAAUGAAGUUUGCAGCAUACUGUUCAGGAAUGAAUAACAAAAUAUAUUAUGCAGCUUACGAUAGUGAUGAAAUAUUCUGUUGUAAUUCUAAUGGUAGAUGUCAGUGGAGCGUCAAUUGUGGAAAGUCUAACUAUCCGAUCGAUAUAGCAAAUGAUACAUCAGGAAAUGUGUUCGUAACAUGUCAAAAAUCCAACAAAGUGAUUGUGAUUGACCCUAAUGGAAAAGAGUAUAGAGUAUUGCUGACCAGUGGUGACGGACUAAAUCAGCCUAUGACAAUCCAUUACAAAUGUUCAAGAAACACACUUCUUGUAUGUAAUCAUACAUCGGGACAAUGUUUUAUGUACAAAAUCACAACUUAA